UCACCAUUUUCUGAAUACCUGGUACCUACCUAGGUAGUCCAUGUUGUCCUUCAACGAACUCCAUCCAUGGAUAGGAUAUGAGGUCCUUGAAAAGCUGUGAUACCAUCCAUUAGGUACCUACAUACCUAGAAGGGAUCUCCAACUACAUUGCCCAUAAUCAUUGUCGCGCAGUCUUAGCCUGCGCCUCAUAACUCAGCCUGCUUGACUCAGGGUUCUGAGGCAGAUCUGAUAAUUUCUACAGGUCUUCCAUUUUCUUCUAUUUUCAAAAACACAAACUUAAAUCAUGAUUUCUGUAACUGCGCUGAUAAAAUGGAAGAGCAACCUCCCUCAGUUCCCCAGAUCGUCUUACCUGAUGGAUGGAAUUCUAUAUCGCCUGGUUCUUCGAGCUUUCUAGGUCCCGUUUGCGAGGGUUGUGGUUGGGACGGUGAUCCUCUAGGCCUACUUGGGGGAUUUGGAUAUGUCAAUCUCAAAGCUCUUUGUAGACGUGAUUGCAUCCGCUGUCAGAUCAUAGCCCUUCUCAUCGAAACCAUAAUCCGCCGUAAGAGAGAGCACAUUUCAUAUCAAAGCUGCAUGUGCUUCUUCCAUGGAAAUCAUAUUGUCUUUGUGGGACAAGACGCGAGUCAUUUCUGUAAAAAAGUUUUCUUGUUUACUUCAACACACUCCCACAAAACCGAAGUUCCCCGUGGGAUACCCAGCAGCCCACCAGAACGCAUUGACACUUCAACGGACGCCUCGUUACUCUGGGCGCAAGAGCAAAUCGCAGGUCACCAACAUUGCUGUCAACCUGUUGGCGCCGAUUCAUUUGUUCCCACACGCCUCAUUAAUGUCGACCCAAACAGUCUCAAUGGAGAUGUUGCUCUCGACGAUUGUGCGCCCACUGGAUCCCGAUAUGUUGCGCUUAGCUAUUGCUGGGGACGGAAGACGCAACCGUGCCAAACAACAUCGUUGACGUUACCUUACCAUAAGAAGCGUAUACCCUGGUCUACGUUGCCGAAGACCAUUCGGGAUGCCAUCGACUUCACACGAAAGCUAGGCAUUGGAUAUCUAUGGGUUGAUUGCCUUUGUAUAGUGCAAGGCGACAAGGAAGAUUGGGAACGGGAAUCGGGACGAAUGUUCGAUGUCUACAGAAGUUCAUACGUGACUCUGGCAGCUGUUUGGGGGAAAGACAGCAAUUCUGGACUUUUCUCAAGCUCCGAAGGCUUCAAGCCAAUCUUAUUAGCCAACUUAUGCCUAAACAACCAGAGCUGGCCCCUUUACAUGCGGCGAUACCACGAACCAAUUAGUAGCCAGUAUUUGUCUAGAACUGGCAAAUAUCCGUUAUUCACGAGAGCCUGGGCUUACCAAGAACGCUUGAUACCGCCAAGAGUUUUAUAUUUUACAGCUGGAGAGUUGGCCUUUGAAUGUUUCUGUCAUUCUGCCUGCGAGUGUGGUCUACAAUACUCAGAUCUUGCGGGUCAUCCUAGGAGGAUCCUUUUUGAGGCCACCCAAACGCCUACGAAAUCGAUCGGACCAAGAGCACAGUCUAAUGAAAUUGCUUUCCGAAAUCAAUGGCUUAGAGAAACGCACGCUGGAAUAGAUGGCGAUCAAGUGACUUGGAGUUCAAGGCUUACUGACUCGCAAAAGGCAUGGUGGGGCAUGGUUUACAGAUAUAGUUGCCUAGAUUUGACUAAUGUGAGCGACAAACUCCCUGCCAUCGGAGCUAUAGCUAGGCAGUUUCAAACGGUCCGUCCUGGAGAGCGUUAUCUUGCCGGUCUAUGGUCGGGUUCUUUGCAUCGAGACUUGCUGUGGUACACACGGGGUGUGGACUGUCAGAGAUUAGAAACUGCACCGACAUGGUCUUGGGCCUCUAUAUCGGGGUUUGUUGAUCCCAAUCUGGGCCCGACUGAUGAAGUAAUCCUUUCCGUUGAGGUCUUAGACGCGACCUGCUGUUAUGUCGACGAUAAUCCAUUUGGGGUUUUCAAGAGCGGCUUCCUGACACUACGUGGUCGACUAACUCCGUGUUGGCUCCGCGAACAUCUUCGUGAUCGUGUUCUUGGGACAGUGUAUCAUUGGCGUUCAGGAUUAAUAAUUACAUCUGAUGUGCGGAUAGAUGUUCUUUCGAAAGUGUUGUCCUGUAAGCUGCUGCGAAGAGUUUACUUGCUUGAAGUCGGGAGGGGAGCUGGCCGAAACUCAAGAGAGCGUUACCUUUUGAUCCUGGGUCGGAAGAGUAAGGUGCACCAGAAAUACUUCAGGAUGGGUAUCUUAAUUUUUAGACCAGACCUCUGGUUCACUGGUCAUGGGAAAAGUGCGGGGUCUAUGAAUACAGCAUUGGAUAGAUAUAGCCCGACGAAAACGAUCACCCUGAUAUGAGGAUUUAUGGACAAGUCCCGGGAUAUUUGGAGGGGCAUACCUAGCAAAUUUUAGGGGGGUUCGGAGUUUUGCUUAUCGAUAAAGUAGCCUACCAAAAUUUAGAGCGAAGAAAAAGAUUCCUCGAUUGAAUUUGUUG